AUGGCAACCAACGUCCAGGUCACCUUAAGUACUGCUCGCCUCAAGCUGGUCCCUCUUGGUCCCGAGCACCGAGACUUCACCAUGAAGCUGGAUAUGGAUCCAGAUGUCAUGAAGCAUGUCGCAUUUGGAAGGCCGUUCACUACGGAAGAAGCAAUUCAAGUUCACGAUUGGCUUCUAAAUUCUGCAAAGUGCGUGCCUGGGUUGGGGACCUGGGUCGGCAUCGCAAACGGUGAAUUCGUGGGUUGGUGGAUCCUGGCAGCUAUUCCAAGCAAGGAUGAUCCUAAGCACUUCAUCGCCAACCGGACAGAGUAUGGUUUCCGGGUCUCACCGAAGUUUUGGGGGCAGGGAUACGCAAAGGAAGGAGCGCGGGAGAUAAUUCGGCAUGCGUUUCAAGAUCUCGGUCAAGAAGAGGUGAUCGGAGAGACGAUGACAGUCAAUGCAGCAUCUCGGGCAGUUAUGGCUGGGUGCGGACUUAAGCAUGUCGAUACCUUUUUCAACAAGUACGAUACCCCUCCACCAGGGAUUGAGGAGGGUGAAGUGCGGUACUCAAUCACCAAGGACGAAUGGCUGUUACUAGAGUCUGGGCAACAGUAG